GACGUGUUGUGUAAUUUUGUCGGAUAAUCAACUGCAGAAAACUGACCAAAUGAUGAAUUUCACCGAUGUGUUUAAAAAAUUGCCCACCCAAGUGAAUAUGCCACAACUUCCAAAACUGAACACCAAUUUCCGGCAUGAAGAAGUGGGAAAGCCUCCAAUAAAUAUGACACAGGAGGAUAUGCAACAGUUGGUACACAAUAUCGGAGAAUCAGUUCUUAUUCCAGAGGACGGGGCUUUUGUGGCUUUGUGGAUCUUGACACAAAUCGACCAUUGGAACAAUGAACACGAGAGAUUGGUCAUUCUAACUGAAAGGAAUUUCUACAUCCUACGAUACGAUUUUCUACAAUGUCACGUGAAAGACAGCCGUCGCAUUGGCCUGGGUCAGCUGACCAGUGUGGUCACGGGACCGCUUGUUUUCCCGUCCAAAUCGUUGAUGCCAAUCCGAAGUUCACCGGGUGUUCAGCUUAAAUGGGGCAGUGAUGGCGAGGUGAAAAUUACUCAGAAAUGGAAUCCACUGUGUCGCAGCCUGCCCUACGCCACACUCACCCACCAUCCGGCCUUUUCUAAACGGGAUCAGCUGCCACCUCGGCAGUGCGAUGUGCCUGGCGCCGGAUAUGAGAACGCUUCGAAUCCGGUGGCAGUGUACGAUGUGAACAAUUUCCUGUCUGCUCUGAAGGAGGCGUGCGCGGGAAUGAGCGUCGCUUUCACCGGUGGUGACAUCAUCAUCGAGAGUUAUGGGAAUCUGGGCAGCGUUGUUUUCAACCAAACGAGCUUGGGAUUCACCAAGACGAAGCCUCCACCUACUGAAUCGACCUAAAAUGACACAUGUGGCGAACAGUUUCUCCAUAUCGUGCUCGUUACCCGUUUCUUUUGAGUAACUCAGUCGAGGAAGCUAUUAUUUGCAUCAAUUUACUCUUCCGAUGCACUUCUCAUCUCUGUCGCCACGUUAUCCUGACAAGUGACUUCAGCAUGAAAGGCAAGAUGUCAUCACCUCAGUUGGACUUAUUUCUGGUCCAUCAAAUUGAUUGUUACAACUAAUUCAAACAAGUACAUUGUUCACUUACAAAAUCCCCUUAAAUUUUCCUGUGCACCUUUUCUGAAACGGAUCUACCUUGCAUAAUAUUUUGGAAAUUUAGCAUACCCGACCCUUACUGGUUACGCAUUCUUCAUCAAGAACUACAUAUAAUUCCAAAAUGAGUUUGUGACCUGGGUGACAGUUGUCAACAUUCCUCGCAUCUUUUAUUUAUUGACCUUUUAUUCGACCAGAGUAGUCAAUCUCUUUUGAAAUCGUCACUUUUCCGUUUUUAUUUCUGAACUAAUGUGCUAGUGAAAGGCUUCUCUCGUUCCUGUAAUUUGAUUGGCCAAAACCACCCUCCGUCCUUGAAGUAUUGUCGACCAAUCAGUGGUAAGAGAUGAUGAGAC